UGUACUGUAGAGUAGGGCAAACAUUUGAAUGAAACAACAGUUCUGGUUCGAUUCGAUUCAAACCACCUCUUGCAGCAAAACCUCAAAACAUUCAAAAAACGGAUCAUUCAUUCGCCAAGAGUUCAGAUCCUUGCUUCGCAGCUGCGCGCCUCUUCCUUCACUUCGACAUUUACUUCUCAGCGACCUCUCUUGUUCAAACAAUGACAUCCACCGCCAGAGACAAAAGGUCCUUUGCUACGGAGAUUUCCGUGCUCCGGGACGAUGCUGGGGCCGACGCACACAAGGAAGCACUCCUUGCAAUCUACGAAAAACUGGAUGUAGAUGACGACCGCAAUCGCUCCACAUUGGUCGAAGAAGGUCUUGUGGCAGCCCUAGUAAAAGCAUUGGAGCGUUCCUACAAUAAGACAACUUACUUUGUUUAUUUCGCAUACAAGAUCUUGGCCAUUCUUCCAGGUUCGUUCGAUGACGAUCCAUCUUUGAGGAGUCCUGCCAAUGCCACGGCCAUUGUCAACAGUGGGGGGCUGCAGCACGUGUUGGACUUUUUGGAUUCCAGUAAUGAGGAUGAGAUAGUGGAUACAUUCUACGCCUAUCACGGCCUGUGCGUCAUCUUUGCAGUUCAAGUCGCUCUCAAAGAAGACAAGGGGCUCUCUUUGGCAGUUGCAAAACUUGUCAUGCCAGUUCUGGUGACACUGAUGGAAACCCAUGGAUUGGAUGCUGAAGAACACAAAUCAUGCGACCUUUUUGUGUCGGGAUGUGAAAUGUUCAUGAUUUGUGCAAGGGCUAUGGAAGGCUUGGUGGAAUCCGCCCAUGCUGAGAGAAUGGUGCAAUCGGCAUGGUCGGGUAUCACUUACCAUAAGAAUGACUCGGAGGUCCAAGAAGCGGGCCGGGAUUUGCUGACACGCCUUGUGGGGCCUGAGACGGCGCUGGAAAUGAUUGACCAUGCCGAAAUGCACCACUGUGAAGACGCCGAAUGCAGCUGUGCCGCGUAGAUACGGUAGGCCAAUCUCUGCCAUCAGCACCUUUGGAUCUUGACUCUCACUCCACUGAGUCGAGUCACUCCAAGUACAACGUAUCUUCAUCAUCUAUCUAUAAUCGUUGAACUCAGUAAUUACCGGUAGCUAUGUUACCGUUGCCGGUGCCACUGCAGCAUCCAUUAGAUUGAAUAGUGUUGCUGCCCUGUUAGCUAGGACGCUUCAUGUAACUAGUAGCCUUCCUGCUGUCC